AUGGCAAGCCCCAACCUGGACAGCCUGCCCAUGCAGCCGAAAUACGCAUCUACCCUGCCUGAUGAAACGAAGCAAUUAGCAACCGAGACGAACUCGCUACUUAACAGUAACUGGUCUCUCGAUGAAGAGCAGAUGGGCUUAAAAAAGACGUUCUAUUUUAAAACAUACACAAAAUGCCAGGACUUUUUCAACAUGGUCGCUAUUAGGAGUAAAUCGGCAAACCACCAUUCGACAAUGACAGUUAAAUUCCGUUCUGUUCAUAUACAUUGGACAACUCACAGUCCACCUGGCCUCUCCGCAAAGGACACCUUGAUGGCACAGUACUGCGACGAGCAAGCUAAGAUGCUAGGCGCAGUGGAUCAAAGUGAAGUUCAGACGUGCGCUUGA